AUGCAGAUCGAGCCCAGUUUUGACUCAAAAAACCCAUUAGGUGGUAGAAUCAGUAAAAUAAUCGGUUUUACUGCACAAGCCGACGAAAGCUUCUUUGAAAGUCUCCAGGUUUUGUCAGAGUCGUAUACUUGCAAUGAUGCACGUUCGCGCCGAAAUCUGCGUAGUGUCAUAGAAAAGUCGCGGCUGGAUCUCGCAGAAGGUUUUCUCCGAGAAAUGUCUGCUAUAAAAACAGGUCUUGAUUCUCUAUCGGCUGAACUCAAUACAAUGUCAAAUACCUGUCUAAGAAUCAACGAACGCCUGAUGUCUUCAAAAUCCCGGAUGGAGGAAUUGAUAAAUCAAACCAACGUGAAUCAAGCAAAAAGGAACUCGGUUACUCUCACUCAUCUUGCAGCGAAUGCCAUUUUGGGUGCAUUUUAUAUUUCUCAAGAGGACUGGGCUCUUCUUGACGAACAAACUGAUGAUAAAAGUUCCGAAAAUCUAUUAACUAAGCUUCAGAGAGCAAGGGGUAUACGUCAGCUCAUCAUCAAUACAUUGGGUGUUCCAAAUCUACCUCUUUUAAAGGAUUUACUAGACUCAUCGACUACAUACAUUGACGAAGCCUUUGAGCGUUUAUAUCAGUGGAUUAAGAGGGAGGUGAGUGCUCAGAACUUCGAAGCGGUAGAAAUCUCGGUGCCUUUUCGGAAGUGUCUGCGUGAACUACAAGAGCGGCCAAUUUUCUUCAAGUAUAUCCUGGAUGAGUACGCGAAUGCUCGACGUCAGUUGAUUGUGGAGACCUUUCUCCAUGCUUUGACGGUGGGAUGGAACAGUGGGGGCAAUGUUACGUCCGUUUUCUUGAGCAAGCCCAUCGAAAUGCAGUCUCAUGAUCCCACACGCUAUGCCGGGGAUAUGCUCGCUUGGUUACAUCAGGCUGUGGCCUCUGAAAAAGAGUAUCUUUGUUCGCUCACUUCGGAAAAAGCUGACAAGGAGAUUGUUUGCGACUGCUUGAGUAACAUAACUGGUGGGUUGGCCCACCCUUUGCAGUUGCGCUUGGAGCAGAUUUUGGUCACCGAGCACGAUGCCGUUCUCCUUUACCAAAUCAACAACCUGUUACAGUUCUACGCAAAUGUUAUUCUGAAUUUGUUAGAUGAGAGAGCAACUCUCUAUACCACACUUUCGGAACUGCAAUCCCUCAGUUGGAACCUUUUUGUUAGUGCGCUGCAGCGUCAAACCUCCGACCUGCUCGCUGAUAGCGAACCACCGCGUCACGAUUUGACGCCAUCUAUGUCAACCAUUGACGUCACACGUCUGCUUGAAGCCAUUCUGGCCACGCAGGACAUGUCUUGCGCUCCUCCUGAUGUUCGUCAGACCAAAUGUGAAGAGGUAGUGGCCGUGGUGGUGAAGCCACUGUUGGAGCACUAUGAGUUGACGGCCAGGGCUCUCAUCAGCCCCCAGGAGAUAAGAAAGGUGGAAUUGGAGGCGGCGGAGGGGGACAGAGAGUUGCCCCCUGUGGCGCUGGUGUACCUCCUCAACAGUCUGCAUUCACUGCAAGGGACGUUGGCCCGCCUCGCUUUCACUGGCCCUCAAAUUGCCACAGUGGUAGAGCGUCUUGAAGCAGCGCUCACCGACUUGACACACUCUCAAGCCGCAUACAUUCUCUCCCGCGCAGGCCUCUAUCGCCUAUAUGAGGCUCUCAAUGCUCCACAGGAGAGCGAGGGGGAGGAGGUGCCGCUCGCUCAAAGGGGAGCACCUGGUUGCUCCCAGGACGAGAUCAUCGACGCUUUGCGAGAAUUCAACACGGAGUACCUCUCGGGUCCAGACGCUUGGGGAUUACCCGAGGCUGCUCAAAUAGCCUUUUCGCGCCCCCGCAACGCCCUUCGACGUCGCACCGCCGACCUCGUGCAAUCUCUCUACACCCGUCUCUAUGAGGCCAUAACUGAUUCCAAAUCGGGCUAUUCUAACCCUUGGCCCGAAGAUCUCAAAACGCCUGAACAAGUCGCUGGACUGCUGCUUCCCUCCUCCUCCGCCGCUAUUUCUUGA